CGAUCCUGACCCGCGCCUGUCUUCGAACGGCUUCAAUCCACAAGAUACCUCCCUUUCCCGUACAGAAGAUGCACUUGGGUUUUGGCGACAACGAAGAGGAUCGAGGACUACAGUACAGAGGCGCUACUCCCGCCAGGCUCUUCGAAGUGGAACUCGAUUGUUCUGCGUCCUUAUUGUUUUUAUGCUGUUGAAGGGGGUCGUUGUUGGAGAGGCUUCCCGUGUUUCAAUGUAGCUUGUUCUUGAGGAGAUUUAUUUCAGAUCCACGAAAUGAUUCUAUUCUGUUCCUACGUCUAGGAUAGCGUUCGAAGGCGGGUAAUAUACAGCGCGAUCCAUUCCUCUUCAAGAGUCUUCUUAGAUCGAUUUAUGUUAAGACGGAUCAAAGAAAAAAUUUCGCGUGGGUUCUUCACAAUGGCUUCGUCCCCUUGCACGCCUACGCCUCCUUCGAUGGCUUCAAGGAUGGCAGGAGCUAGACUUCCAGAUAAAUCUAUAGACAUUGAAGCAGUCAUUAAGCAGCAGGAAAUGGCCAGGGACCUCCCACUGCCGUCGCUCAGUGCAGGACAGAUCUCGGCUUGUAAGAAUGCUCUGAAAUUGCUGAAGCAGAAAUCAAAGAGUAGUAGUGGGCGUGGAGUAAUUGAUCGUGAGUUUGACACGUUGCAGGGAGAAAAGAUGCUGAAUUACAAGGCACUCUCGUCAACGACAGUGGCGGUGAUGUCCAACAACAGAGCCAAGAACCGCUACAUCGAUGUUCUGCCUUAUGAUAUCACAAGAGUGAUCCUCGACAAGAGACACUACGAUCCCACUUGCUCUGAUUACAUCAACGCAAGCUUUGUACAGGACAAUGCCCACGAAGAUUUACCCAGGUACAUUGCCACCCAAGGACCAUUGCCCUCCACAGUGAGCGACUUCUGGACCAUGGUGCUACAGCAGCGGUGCCCUGUCAUAAUCAUGCUCGUAGGAGUUGUUGAUGGUGACCAAUCUAAAUAUGCACAUUACUUCCCUAGGAGCGAAAAUCAGUCUGAAACUUUUGGACAUAUUGUUGUUUUAAACAAGAAAAUGAGCCACAGUCAACAUGGAAUAACCAGACGGGUUUUCGAGGUUAAAGACAUCAAGUCUCCAGAACCACCUAUGACAUUGGCGCAUUAUGAGUACUUGGAGUGGUCUGACUAUGGUGUUCCAGAUUCUACAAGAUCAGUGUGUGAGCUGAUUCGUGCCUCGUUCUGUAUUCCACCUUCAGCUGGCCCUUUUGUAGUCCACUGCAGUGCUGGCAUAGGAAGAACUGGAACCUAUUGCACUAUUGAUCAUACGCUUCGACGAAUUAUGGAGGGUGACUUAGAGGCAGUCGAUAUUGGAAACACGGUGCGGAACUUCAGGUCGCAACGACAUGGAAUGGUGCAAACCAGAGAUCAAUACCGGUUUUGCUAUGAGGUCGUUAUCAAAGAGCUGGAGUCUUAUGUCAGCGCUGGACCCCAGACCUGAGUUCUGCAAAGACAGAAACAGCUGUGAGGUUUCGUCGAAAGAUGCCUCUUUUUCACAAGUCAGAGGUUUUGUUACAAGGUUUAAAGUUUUAGGUCUGUUGUAGUUAUGAAUUUUCCGGGAGGGAAAUUUGGGGUUGGCAUCAUUCGACACAUUGGUCAGAUGAGAGCAACAGUAGCAUUGCCAGAAUUGGCAUUACAAUUAGAUCUCCCCUCUCUGAUUGACCAGCUGGGAGUACUUCGAACUGAAAAAUAGCGUUUUUCGUUCUGUACUGCUUGAAACGUUCGUGCAAUUUCGCUGCAAUUAAUUUAGAAAAACAACCUGCAGCAAUCUUUUCCUAUCUUGUUCAGUUGAAGACUCUUGACAGUUUUUGAAUGCUCAUUUAAUGUUAGAACAACAGAGUUCAUUUUCUUUCA